AAUUACCUCGUUUACCCAUUUCUCAGUUCAACUUUUUCUCUCUCCUCCAUUUUCGUCUUCCUCCUUCCUUCGAUUCUCUUUCUCUCUCCUAGGGUUAGGGUUUCUGCACAUUUUCUCUCUCCUCCAAAAUUCUGGAAAUGGCAACUGAGCUUCAGAACGGAGCUGACAACAACGGUGCUGCUACAACCGUUACUUUCUCGGCGUUCAAGCCACAACUUCAGGUUCCGGCUCCUAACGCUGCUGCUGCUGUUCAGUUUUACAAGGCUGCUUUUGGCGCUGAGGAAGUUAGCCGUGACAUGCACCCUAAGAGGAAGGCUGAACAGGACACUCCUCUCGUUCUCUCGGCUGAUCUCAAGCUCGGUGCCUCUGUCUUCUCUGUGUCUGACCUUGCUGUUGAUGCUCCGGCAAAAACUGAGGGAGGAGGCCUAGUAUUCAGCUUGGUGACCGAUGACCUGGAUGCCGCUAUUAAGAAGGCAGUAGCAGCUGGUGCAGUGGCCGAAGGCGAAGUGACGGAAGACGAAGUCGCUGGGCGCGUGGGCAAGCUCAAGGACCCCUAUGGUUAUUUCUGGGUCAUCUCAACUCCUGCUAAGCCUGCUGAGGUGGAAGCCUAAUCAACCGUCAGAUCUUGAUUGAUCUCUGCUAAUUGUUAGGUUGUCUUUUAAUGUUGGUAGUUAAUUAGCAAUUAAAAAAAAACUAGUAGAUGAAGAAGAUAUAAUUAAGAUUUAAGAUGAAUGAACAGUUAGAAUCAUCCUCUAGUUGGGUGUAGUUGCUGAAAUGUUGAUAGCGUAAUGCUUACGACUCUCUGAGUCUCUCUGGGUUGUCUUUGUCUCCCGAAUUCAUUUUGAAUUUUGAAUCACUUUUUGAUGAGAGGUUGGAACCAAAAAAAGGAAAUUUACUCUUGUUUUUGACCGGCAGUGUUUAA